CCCAGAAUUUCGGCCACGCCGCCAUUAAACAUCAAAGAAGAAGAACAUCAAGUGUCACGCUGUCAGGUGAAGGUGUCAACUAAAAAGGUUCGGUCGAGUUGAGCUCCAGCCAGUGAGUCUCAUCAGUCACCGUAAUGCCGCAGCAGCCCAGUCCUGUGUGGCUUCCCACCGACCUCAAUGUCACCAAAAGAUGUCUCAUGUACAAACUGCUCAUCUUGGAGAACGCCAGGACUACACUGGACAAACAACUAAGACGUUUCACCGAAAAGGCCAAUGUGGAGGUCCAAAGCUUCCUGAGCGAGCCUCAUCCUGCCAAUGGGCUGGACUGUGAUAACCUCGUCAGGUCUUUGGAUGCUAAAUGUUAUGCCAUUGAGAAACUUUCAGCUGCAUUCAAAAACCUGACGACGGAUCCACAAUUCAGUGUCCUAGCUUCCACCAGACAGCUAAACAGCCUGUCCCAGCCAGAGCUAUCCAGAGACCGAGGCAUCAUGACAUCGUCAGACGUGCUGAAGUUUGGUCCCAUGCUGCAGAACAUCCUCAUGGCCGGCUCCAUCACCAAGGCAGUACAGAUGCUGGGAGCCUUGCUGUCUCUACAGCAACUCAAACUGUUCAGCAUCUCCUCCUCCUCUUCAUCCUCUUCCUCCUCUCAAGAUGAUCAGGUCUUCAGCAUCUCCACCUCUUCCUCCUCUCAAGAUGAUCAGGUCUUCAGCAUCUCCUCCUCUUCCUCCUCUCAAGAUGAUCAGGUCUUCAGCAUCUCCUCCUCCUCCAAAGUGACCAAGCUCCCAGUCCCCAGCUCACCAACCAGCUCAGCCAGUCUGACCAAAGACAAAGAAGCAAAGGAUCGGAUCUUCGUCCGCAAGGAGAAGACACCGCAGCAGCCAAAUGCAACAACGGUUACAACCACUCAAAUCAAAGAGAACGACAGUCAAAUCAGGCAAAAAACACCUGGAGCAACAAAUCUAGGUAAGCUCCUCCCAGGGUUUACUAACCCAGCCAACCAGAAGACAGCCCUGGCUCCUCCCCCUCUAGAUCCAGGAAGUGACAUCGGAGUGCAGCACCAGAAGCAAACUUCAUCUCAGCUGAUGCAAUUCCUGCGAACCAACCACAGGAACGAGCCAUUCAUGGAGUUUGCCGCUUUCUUCCAGAAGGCCAGCUACCAGUACACCUCCUCUGGUUUCACCGCCCCGGCAACGACCUCUGACCCCCUCAUGGAAACCAAGAAUGCCCAGGAAACUAAGAAUGUUCUAGAAACUAACAACGUCAGCGUCCUGAAGAAGGAGCUGUCCUCAGAGCUGACGGAUAACCAGCUGAACCAACAUGCCCCGGUGUUUACAGUAAAGCGUGUGGAGUCUGGAGGCUGUCUGAUCUUCAGCUGUAUAAUUGCCACCAAGACAGAGCUCUGGGAUAUAGGAGACGUCUUUACUGAGGUGACAAGGAGCGGUCCUUCCUCUGAUGUCAUCACCACCUCAGAGAACAAGAUGUCUGCUGCUAGUCUCCACUGUCAGAGUGUAGAGAUCUCUAAUAUGACCCUCCACCCCCCAGCUCAAUCCAUCCACAGCCUACAGAACAAAGAGGGACAUGUGAUGGGGGAGGUUCAGGAAGAUGUCAACAAUAUUAGUCUGACUCCAGAACUCCAGAGUUUCCAGAACUGUUGUUCCUUCGUUGCCCCGGGCAACCAGGGUCUGAGCAUUCCGGGGUUCCAGAUCCGUAAGUUUGAGGAGAUGGCAGUGGUGGUGAGUCACGUGGUUCAUCCUGGAAACUUCUACAUCCAACAGGCCGACACCACCCUCCAGCUGGAGGGCCUCAACACUGACAGAUUAAAGGGCAGCAGUAGUUUAGCAGAGCUGAAGUGUAUUCCAGACAUCGGGACCUACGUCAUGGCCUGGUUCCCCCAACUGGAGAGGUGGUGUCGGGCACAGGUGGCCAAGAUAUGUGGCAUGAGUGGAGACAACAAUGAGUUGGAGGUGGAGGUGAGGAGGCUGGACUACGGAGACACUUCCUGUCUGUCUCUAUGGAACAUCAAGGAACUCAGUGCUGAGAUGACAUCACUUCCUCUACAGGCCAUACAGGUCUCCCUGGCUAAUGUGCGCCCAGUGGAUGGGUGUGGCUGGACCCAGCAGUCAGUGUCUUGGUUCAGAGACAUGGUGGACAACAGGACGCUGUACGCACGGCUCUACCCUCAGGGAGAUGGAGACAACACCACGGUGGAACUCUUCAUAGAGAAGGGCAAACUGGGGGCAAUGAGGAGAGGAGCCUCUCUGUCUCUGAGACUGGCUCAGAAUGGACAUGCUGAACAUGACAAGCUGAGGAACCUGGGAAUCAAGAGAGACCUGGAAUCGAAAAUGAACUGGGGGUCCUUUUACGCCGUGAUCAGCGGCGUAAACAGGCAUUCCACCGGCAUCGGCCGCAUCUGGUUGUCUGUCAUCUUCAUCUUCCGAAUCCUGGUCCUCGUAGUGGCGGCCGAGUCGGUCUGGGGAGACGAGAAGUCUGGCUUCACCUGCAACACCCAGCAGCCCGGCUGCAACUCUGUCUGCUAUGACCAGUUCUUCCCCAUCUCACACAUCCGCCUGUGGGCCUUGCAGCUCAUCCUGGUGUCCACGCCUGCUCUCUUAGUGGCCAUGCACGUAGCCCAUCGCAGACACAUCAACAAGAAGAUCCUGAAGAAGUCCGGGCGCGGUUCCCCCAAGGAGCUGGAACAACUCAAGAACCAGAAGUUUGCGAUCACAGGCGCCCUCUGGUGGACCUAUAUGAUCAGUGUGCUGUUUAGGAUCGUUCUGGAAGUCGGCUUCCUUUAUAUAUUCUACCUGAUCUACCCUGACUUCAAGAUGUUCCGUCUGGUCAAGUGUGACUCAUACCCCUGCCCCAACACUGUCGACUGCUUCGUGUCGCGACCCACGGAGAAAACCAUCUUCACCGUGUUCAUGCUCUCAGUGUCGGGGGUGUGUGUUCUCCUCAACCUGGCCGAGGUGGCCUACCUGAUUGGCCGAGCCUGUCUGAGGUGUAUCCAUGGUAACCAGGAAGAGACUAAGGUAGCAUGGAUCGGUCAGAAACUGUCCUCCUACAAACAGAAUGAAAUCAACCAAAUGAUCGCUGACCAGUCAAAGUUCAAGUUCAACAUGGGAGCUAGGAAGACCUCUAUGGAGAAGGGAGAGCGGUGCUCUGCUUUCUGAUAGGCUGCCCUGGAGGGAGGCAGGUGUUCUGAUUCGCUGCCUAUGGAGAUGGGAGAGAGGUGCUCUGCUUUCUGAUAGGCUGCCAAGUCUUAGUUCCUACUCAUUUUCACGGCUUCAAACUAAAGAACUAACCAGCUUGGAACCAUACUGGAUGGAAAUCCUCAAUAGCUCCAUCUAGUCAUAACAUCAAUCAUCAUUUAGUUCUUCAUCCAUUUAUUCUAGUGACUGGUGCUAGGUUCUCAACAUUCCUUCCUGUGGUAGGAUACGAAGAGGAACAAACCAACCCAGACGGAGGGUGUUGGAUGGGCCCCAAAAAAUUAAAAUAAAACCAACCCAGACAAACUCAAUGCUGGAUUGGAGGGAGAACUUUGUUUCCUGGUGAUCGACACAGCCGCUGUUUUGUCUCACAACCUUGGGGCAGGAACUGGUGGAUAAAGGAACAUUUGUUUCAGCACAUGACUUGAGAAACCCAUUGUAUUGGAACUCACUGAGUCUCCUACAGCACAGAGACUACUCCUACAGCACAGAGACUACUCCUACAGCACGGAGACUACUCCUACAGCACGGAGACUACUCCUACAGCACGGAGACUACUCCUACAGCACAGAGACUACUCCUACAGCACAGAGACUACUCCUACAGCACAGAGACUACUCCUACAGCACAGAGACUACUCCUACAGCACAGAGACUACUCCUACAGCACAGAGACUGUGCUUUUCAACAGCAUAGUGUUUCUAGGCUCUCAGAUGGUACUAUAUAGUCUGACAUGGUGUUUCUAGGCUCUCAGAUGGUACUAUAUAGUCUGACAUAGUGUUUCUAGGCUCUCAGAUGGUACUAUAUAGUCUGACAUGGUGUUUCUAGGCUCUCAGACGGUACUAUAUAGUCUGACAUGGUGUUUCUAGGCUCUCAGAUGGUACUAUAUAGUCUGACAUGGUGUUUCUAGGCUCUCAGAUGGUACUAUAUAGUCUGACAUGGUGUUUCUAGGCUCUCAGAUGGUACUAUAUAGUCUGACAUGGUGUUUCUAGGCUCUCAGAUGGUACUAUAUAGUCUGACAUGGUGUUUCUAGGCUCUCAGAUGGUACUCUAUAGUCUGACAUGGUGUUUCUAGUCUCUCAGACGGUACUAUAUAGUCUGACAUGGUGUUUCUAGGCUCUCAGACGGUACUAUAUAGUCUGACAUGGUGUUUCUAGGCUCUCAGACGGGACUAUAUAGUCUGACAUGGUGUUUCUAGGCUCUCAGACGGUACUAUAUAGUCUGACAUGGUGUUUCUAGGCUCUCAGACGGUACUAUAUAGUCUGACAUGGUGUUUCUAGGCUCUCAGACGGUACUAUAUAGUCUGACAUGGUGUUUCUAGGCUCUCAGAUGGUACUAUAUAGUCUGACAUGGUGUUUCUAGGCUCUCAGAUGGUACUAUAUAGUCUGACAUGGUGUUUCUAGGCUCUGAUGGUACUAUAUAGUCUGACAUGGUGUUUCUAGGCUCUCAGAUGGUACUAUAUAGUCUGACAUGGUGUUUCUAGGCUCUCAGACAGUACUAUAUAGUCUGACAUGGUGUUUCUAGGCUCUCAGAUGGUACUAUAUAGUCUGACAUGGUGUUUCUAGGCUCUCAGACGGUACUAUAUAGUCUGACAUGGUGUUUCUAGGCUCUCAGACGGUACUAUAUAGUCUAACAUGGUGUUUCUAGGCUCUCAGACGGGACUAUAUAGUCUGACAUGGUGUUUCUAGGCUCUCAGACGGUACUAUAUAGUCUAACAUGGUGUUUCUAGGCUCUCAGAUGGUACUAUAUAGUCUGACAGUGUUUCUAGGCUCUCAGACGGGACUAUAUAGUCUGACAUGGUGUUUCUAGGCUCUCAGAUGGUACUAUAUAGUCUGACAGUGUUUCUAGGCUCUCAGACGGUACUAUAUAGUCUAACAUGGUGUUUCUAGGCUCUCAGAUGGUACUAUAUAGUCUGACAUAGUGUUUCUAGGCUCUCAGACGGUACUAUAUAGUAUACUGAUAGUAUGUGUAGACACUCAGACAUGUUAAACAUCAGUCAUCAACAUGUUACUGAUGAUGUUUCUAGACACUCAGACGUGUUAAACAUCAGUCAUCUCAACACAUUAUUCUCGAUCUGUGAAAUUGUGGCAUUGCUGAGAAGUCACAUGAUGUGCAGUGGAACCUAUGAAGAGGCAAGAUUAGAGAUUAUUUCUUCAGGCUUGGGCGUAGCCAGGCAAAUCAGAUUAACCAAUAACUUCCUGGUUUUCGAUUGGUUGAAAACAGGCUGCUGCCAUUUUACAUUUACCCACAAUCAUUUUAAUCUGUUAAAUCAUUUUAUUUGCAUAAUAUUAUUCAUUUUACACAUUUAUUUCAUAUUUAAUGUAGGAAAGUUAUUGUACUUGAAUAUAAUCCUGCUCCAUCUCCUCUUUAUUCCUGUCUAGUUUCCAGUUCGUCAGUUUACAAUUUAAUCAUACACAUUGUUCUCAUAAAAGGCUAAAUACAUUUUGUUGUACAGUAAAAAUACAAGAAUUAUAAAGAUAUUGAAUUUAACCUGUGCUUUUCAUUCAGCUGUAAAGCAGCUCUUUAUUUCUGCUUUAGUUAGAGUAUUAAUGUCCAUCUACUAUGGGUAAACAUCCAGUCUAGGGUUGCAACAUUCCGGUUACUUUCCCAAAAUGUCCUUGUUUUCCAGAAAUCCUGGUUGGAGGAUUCUGGAUUUCCUGCUUUAUUGCUUCCUGGAAUUUUGCAACCGGGAUUAUUGGGAAUAUUGGUAAAAGUAAACAGAAUUUUGCAACCCUAACCAGUCCAUGGUGUAUAUAUGACCGGUUAAACAGGUUGUAACAAUGUAUAUAUGUAUAUUAUUGUACAUUAAGGAAUAAAAUCCAUAAUUAUUUGAACAACUCAAA